AUGUCCAGAUCCAGUUGCGACCUGAGCUUUAUUCCAUAUGUGAUUAUUCUGUUGCCUGGAAUAUUAUUGAAUAAAAAAUAUGCCUACAAAAUGGCGUGGAUGAACGACGUAUUCUGCAAGUCAAUAAAGCUGUAUGUAUUACUUCUUCUCAUGUGGUUGAUAUCUUUUGCAACUUCAUUUGUUGAUUUUUAUCUCUGUUCAAGAAAUUUCCAAGUUUCUACCUUGCACUGUUUGGAAGAUUGCACAAAAAAGUCUGGCGGAAUACUUUUCAAUCGUUUUCUUAUUAUUUUAUGGCUAUCUUUAUCUACUGCAAUGAUUUUAAUAUACUUAGCAAUCAUUUGCAAUAUACGCCGUCGUUUUAUAUCAGUUAAUAAUGAAACACGAAAAACAUUUACGAUUAAAACAGAACAUAAUAGAAGUACAUUGGGAAGUGCCAAGUACGAGCGAUCAAUGUUAAUACAAGCAGCUUUAACUUCUGGCGGAUUAACAAUUGGCAUCCUGAUAAUCAGCUUGUUAUCAACGGUUGUGAUAAAGGUUUUCGGUCAAGAUGGCUUAAUUGUAAUGAACAUUUUUAACUUGUUUUACAUCAUCUUUUAUCGUUGUACACUACCAACAGCUUUUUUCUUAACCAAUCAACAUGCUCGUAACUAUAUAUGCUUACAUUUAAGAACUGAUGUCGUAAAACCUAUCUUAAUUCUUCCAAAACAAAUUACGAGAUAA